AGUAGUGGUGCAGACUCGUCACAGGGCGGACGUAACGUUACACACCUUACCUUCAUCAACCAUACCUGACGCUACAGCUACUCCGCCUCCCUCUGUACCGUUCCCGACCUCUUGCACCGCCCUCGAAGAACCUCCUCUUCCUUCUGUAGAAAAAAAAACACGUAUUUAACUCACGAGGGAAAACGACAAGUGAAGUGACGUAAAACAAAUUGAUUUUUUUUUAAUGUGAAUGACACCAGAUUCUGUGAUAGACUGAAGAAGAAAAAUAAACCCCAAGUAGUUAAUAAAGGUGAUCCCUGUAGUGUGUGUGUGUGUGGACCAGAGGAGACGCCCCCAACUCCUUAACACCAUGCCGCGUCUUCUAGUCCUGGUAUUGGUGAUAGUGGUGGCGCAGGUGACGGAGGGGCAGCAGAAGCAGGAAUACCUUGAGACAGCCAAUUAUCCCGAGGGCUACUAUGCCUUUGAGGAAGCUCCCAGUAAGACGCCUCCCAAGGUCCGAAAACCUCCGUAUCUUCAGUCCAAAGUCCCAUGUCCAGGUACUCUGGAGACGAAGGCACAGAUGGAACAAUCCCUGGACAACUUAUGUGGGGACCUGAACGACGGCCUCCUACCCCUCAACCCCAUGGGACAAGACAUCCUCGGCCACUCCUACCCCUUUGACCUGAUCAAGAACAAGACGCUGGACUUCUUCAGUAAGACUCUACCUAUCCUGAAGGAGGACAAGACUCUCCCUAAAGUCGCCAAGUUGAGGAGUAGGAAUGUCCCCCUCAGGGAUCAAUUCCGGGUUAUCCGCCGUCCUAUCCGUUCAGCAGAAGACGAGACCCCCGCCUCUCAGAAACCAGACACCGAGAAGGAGAUGACGCAGAAGGUAAAGGACCUACUGGAGGGGAAGCUGGAGGGACGGUCGCUGGGGUUUGACGACGACUUCCAGGGGAGGGGCGCCCGAGCCUUCUGUGCCGACAACUGGGGCCUGUUUUGUCUCCUGUUCAACGCUAUGUCGGGCAAGAGCUCCAGCGGCACCAUGGCUCAGGACCGCAACGAUGACGACUUCGAGGGUAGUCUGAACAGCCUGGUGGGUGGGGGGAUGCAGCCCCUCACCCCCUGCCCCUCCGCCGUCGAGUACAUCACGCCCGUCUUCGCCAGGAACUACCAGGGCGUGUGGCGCUAUGUGGUUCAGAUACCUUACGAGGGCUACUUCACCCAGACCGUCGAAGUCACCCAGUGUCUGUCUAGUAAGUGUCACUACCUGUCGGGGGCGUGUCUGGCGUCACCACGGUGGGUGUCACUCCUGGUGGCGGAGGUCUACUACCCUGACGCCCUCUUCCCCGGCACACCUGCACGGCCCGACCUCAGCCGGGCAGCAGUAGCGUCUAACAACCCACCCAGCUCCAGGUACCAGCAGCGUCAGGGGAACAGUCCGGCCCUGAGAGAGGAGCCGCCCGCCCCCCACUACUGCGACGGCCAGGACGAGAUUGGCUGUUAUCAGGUACGCCUCUACUAUGACUGGUUCCUCAUACCCGGCUCCUGUAAGUGCUGGAAACAAGACUACUUCGCACAGUUCGCCUACAGGAAAUAAUAACAAUAACUCAAGUGAUGGACUCAAGCCUUAAACAACUACUGGACACCAAACGUAUUUUUUCCCUCACAUGUCAUAAAUGAUACGUAAUCUCUAGAGUUGUUGGACACAUUUGGUUCUCAUAAUUCAUACAUGACACAUAUGUUAGUAAGUGUUGGAUUAUAGAAGGUUUUCAUACAUCAUACAUGACACAUUGACGAGUGCUGGACACAUGGUAGUCAUAAUUCAUACGGUUGUUAAUGUAGUGUUGGGAGUACAAGAAUGUUAUAUAUCUUAUGUAAUAUGUAUAGCAAUUAAGAAGUAUUGGACACAUAUGAUUCUCAAUAUCCACACAUGACACAUAAAUCACAAGGUUUCAUACAUCAUACAUGACACAUUAACAAGUACUAGACACAUAUGGUUUCUAUAAAUAACACAUGGGUGGAAAACUAUUCUAGUAAACGCUAAACGGACACAUACAGUACGGCUCAAUGCAUCACACAUGACACAUUAAACUGGACACACAUUAGUGACGUGUUAUUCUUAUUUGUCUCUCUCCUGAACACGGGUUGGGUUAGGUUAGGUUAAGUGAAAGAAGAAGAAGAGAGAGAGGUUGUAGAUUAUUCGAUCCAAUCAGUUCCGCGCGUGCAAGUGUGUGUGUGUGUGUGUGUGUGUGUGUGUGUGUGUGUGUGUGUGUGUGUGUGUGUGUGUGCGUAACGCAUGAGGAAGGAACGAACGGGUUAAUCCACGCUUACCAACCAACUCAUCUUUAUAUUAAUCAAUAAUUUCUGUCGUAUGCCUCACUGGCCUCUGCUCACCUGGGGCUACAACACCUGCAGCUG